AUGGACAUUAUCCACUCAAUCCUCUCCUGCCUCACAGGCUCCUCCAACGACAAGCCAAAAGUAAAACCCACCCGCACCCGCUCAGAGAACGACCUCGCCUCCGAAUUCCUCACCACCCUCCUCACCGCGCAUACCACCGACCCCUCUCUAAAGAAAAACCUCGACGAAACCAUCCACCCAUACAACUGGACCUCCAGCUUAGCCCAGGCUAUCCUGCACGGCCUCGAGAACGCCAUCCGGUCCGGCAAAACGAUGGGCAAAGCAGCCGCCGACGCACUCGUGAAGGCUACGCACGAGGCGUACGAGUUCGCCAAGGAGCAUCCCAUCUACACGACUAUCCUGGCGCUGGGGGUGCUGGCUGUCCUGGCGCCGUGGGUGCUCGAGAUACUGGGGUUUGGGGAGCUGGGGCCCAUAGAGGGGAGUUUUGCGGCGUACUGGCAGAGCCUGUAUGGGGAUAUGCCCAAGGUGGCGGUUUUUGGGUAUUUGCAGAGGAUGGGGAUGGUCUGGGGGCAUUGA